CUCGAUGUACGGCAGCCAUAUUUGAAGUAUUGUAAUGUUUGAAGAAAUUAAUUAAUGUUAUCUGAUAUUACAUUAUACGUUCGUUAUAGAUUUAAAUAAUGAACAGUAGUUAUUACAUUUUUCAUAGUCAAGGUACAUAUUUUAUGCAAGGAGUGUUAUGACUUUGGGAAGAUAUUGUCUUUUGUCAAUAGUCGACUAUAAGUCUUUAUUAUCUAAAAAGUGGUGGAUUCGGAAUCUUGGAAUAAGAUCAUAUUUAUCUCAACGUAGUUUCAUGUCUCUAAGUAUACAACGAUUAAACAGGAUAAACCAAAGAUCACUGACAUUUUCAUUAUUUGCAAAUAUGGCAUCAACCAGUAAUUCAGGAAAUAUGCAGAUACAAAAAAAGAAUCGUUUGAGUUUAGAAAAGUCACCAUAUUUACUACAGCAUGCUACUAAUCCAGUUGAUUGGUACCCAUGGUGUGAUGAAGCAUUGGAAAAAGCAAAUAAAGAGAACAAGUGUAUCUUUUUAUCUGUUGGGUAUUCUACGUGUCAUUGGUGUCAUGUUAUGGAAAAAGAAUCUUUUACAAAUAAAGAAAUUGCUGAAAUAAUGAAUAAAAAUUUCAUUAAUAUAAAAGUAGACAAGGAAGAGAGACCAGAUAUUGAUAGGAUAUACAUGAAUUUUAUACAAGCAACAAGUGGUCAUGGUGGAUGGCCAAUGAGUGUCUUUCUUACUCCUGAUUUAAAACCUAUAGUUGGAGGGACUUAUUUUCCUCCAGAAGAUACAUUUAGACAAACAGGAUUUAAGACAAUUUUACUCAGUGUUGCCCAAAAGUGGAAUCAAUCCAGAAGUAAACUUACAGAGAUUGGAUCUACCAAUCUUGAAACUUUACAUAGUAUUUCUAAAAUUCCAAAUCCGCUUAAGGUACAUGAUAUACCUUCAUUGGAAUGUAGUAAAAUUUGUAUUCAGCAACUUGCAAAUGAAUUUGAACCCAAAUUUGGUGGGUUUGGCUCUACAUAUAAUAUGCAAUCACCAAAAUUUCCACAGCCAGUAAAUUUUAACUUUUUAUUUCAUAUGUAUGCACGUCAACCCAAUGUGCAGUCUGUACAACUUUGCUUGCAUAUGUCUGUGUACACUUUAAAAAAAAUGUCUUUUGGUGGUAUUCAUGAUCAUGUAGGUCAGGGUUUUUCUAGAUAUGCUACAGAUGGUGAGUGGCACGUUCCACACUUUGAAAAAAUGUUAUACGAUCAGGGUCAGUUAAUGAAAUCAUAUGCAGAUGCGUAUCUUGUAACUAAAGAUAAUUUUUUUGCCGAAAUUGUUGAUGAUAUCGCUACAUAUGUAAUAAGAGAUCUUCGUCACAAGGGAGGUGGGUUUUAUAGUGCUGAAGAUGCAGAUUCUUAUCCUACGCACGAUACACAUGCGAAAAAGGAAGGUGCUUUUUAUGUGUGGUCUGCCGUGGAAAUUAAAUCACUUCUAAAUAAAGAAGUUUCUGAUGAAAAUCAUGUUAAACUUUCGGAUAUUUUUUGUCGCCAUUUCAACGUAAAAGAAUCAGGAAAUGUAAAAUCGCAUCAAGAUCCACAUGGAGAGAUAGGAGAAAAAAAUGUAUUAAUAACAUACAAUGAAAUUGAAGAAACUGCUAGAUAUUUCAAUCUUCCAGUCGAAGAAACUAAAAUGUAUUUGAAAGAAGCAUGUUCCAUGUUAUACAAAGUUAGAUCUGCAAGGCCGCGACCUCACUUAGACGAUAAGAUCAUUACAGCAUGGAAUGGUCUUAUGAUAAGUGGUUUAGCUUUUGGGGGAGCGGCAGUAAAUAAUAAACAAUACAUUGAGCGUGCGGCAGAUGCCGCAAAAUUUAUUAAACAAUAUCUUUUCGAUGAAACCAAGAAUAUAUUACUUCAUAGUUGUUACCGUGACGAAAAAGGCACGAUUACACAAAUGGGUACACCCAUACCUGGAUUUUUAGACGAUUAUGCGUUUGUUAUAAAAGGAUUGUUGGAUUUAUAUGAAUCUGAUUUAAACGAGGAAUGGCUGGAAUUUGCUGAGAAAUUGCAAGAUCUUCAAGAUCAAUAUUUUUGGGAUGAAACAAAUGGAGGAUAUUUCUCAACAACAUCGAGCGAUCCAAGUAUAAUUCUCAGGCUUAAAGAAGCUUAUGACGGAGCGGAACCAUCCGGUAACUCGAUUGCCGCUGAAAAUUUGCUGAGGUUGGCAGAUUACUUAGGUUGUGACGAAUUCAAGGAUAAAGCUGCUCGUCUGUUCGGAGCAUUCGGAUCUUUGCUGAUGCAGAGACCUAUUGCGGUUCCACAACUAACAUCAGCACUCGUACGCUACCAUGAUGAUGCAGCGCAAAUUUAUGUGAUUGGAAAACGAGGUGCCAAGGAUACCGAUGAGCUACUUCGCGUUAUAUAUAAACGUUUGAUACCCAACAGGAUUCUUCUCUUAAUCGACCCCGAUGAAACGAACAGCGUGUUAUUGCGCAAAAACCAACAUCUCAGAAAUAUGAAAUUUGUAAAUAAUCGAGCAACUGUAUAUGUAUGUAAAUAUCGCACGUGUUCGUUACCUGUUACGAGUCCUGAACAAUUAGAAACAUUGCUAGAUGAACAGAAAUAAGAUCCUUACUAAUUACUAA